CGCCCUCUGCCCAGCUGUGGCCCAGCUGUGCUGCCCAAGCAUCUAGCAGAAGGGGCUGAGCUAAUAGCCCGCGCGGCCAUCCUCCUUGCACUGCGCCUGCGCAAGCCACGCGCAUCCGCUCAAGAAAAGUUGCUGCAAACUUUCUAUCCCGUUUCCCCCGCCCCUCCUCCCUGCCAGACCCGCCCCCCUGCGGAGCCGGGAAUUCCGAGGGGUGGAGCGCGCGUCGAGAUGGGGCGUGGGGGGCCUUCAGAGGACCCUGGAGACAGAGGCGCGCAGAAGCUCAGUCUUGGGGCGGAGGUGGUUUCGCGCCCUUAGCUCUCCUGGACGGCCCGUUACCUUCUCCGUUGUCCCGAUGGGGAAACUGAGGCCCUGAGCCAGAGGCACACGCGGGAGGGUGGGGGGGGAAGCCAGAAAGCGCGGCCAGAGGCGGAGGGAAAACAAAGGGAGAAUCACGGACAGACGGGGAGGGGAACGGACACACACGCAGGGACAGAGACCCGAGUGGAGAGCUGGGUCUGGCAUUCCGGGUGGGGGGGUGGAGAAGAAGAUCGGGAAGGGCGGAAGGUGGGGGGAGUCGGAGAAGGGGGACAGGCGGGGGAGGGGGCUGGGGGAAGCCCGAGGGAGGCGGAGAAGGAGGGAGGAACUUCCCAAAGUUGCAAAACAUGGCUACCUUGCCUGCCGAGCCGAGCGCGGGGCUGGCGGCCGGGGGGGAGGCGGCGGCGGCUGCAGCCGAAGAGGAGGAGGAGGAAGCGCGCCAGCUCCUGCAGACUUUGCAGGCGGCCGAGGGUGAGGCAGCGGCGGCGGCGGCGGCCGGGGCCGGGGCGGGCGAAGCGGCGGCGGGAGCGGAGGACUCGGGGUCCCCAGGUGCCCCCGGAUCGCCCCCCGAGGCCGCUGCCGAGCCGCCCACGGGCCUCCGCUUCUCGCCCGAGCAGGUGGCGUGUGUCUGCGAGGCGCUGCUCCAGGCGGGCCACGCCGGCCGCUUGAGCCGCUUCCUGGGCGCACUGCCCCCGGCCGAGCGCCUACGUGGCAGCGACCCGGUGCUGCGCGCGCGGGCCCUGGUGGCCUUCCAGCGGGGCGAGUACGCCGAGCUCUACCGGCUCCUCGAGAGCCGCCCCUUCCCCGCCGCCCACCACGCCUUCCUGCAGGACCUCUACCUGCGCGCGCGCUACCACGAGGCCGAGCGGGCCCGCGGCCGGGCGCUGGGCGCAGUGGACAAAUACCGGCUACGCAAGAAGUUCCCGCUGCCCAAGACCAUCUGGGACGGCGAGGAGACCGUGUACUGCUUCAAGGAGCGCUCCCGCGCCGCGCUCAAGGCCUGCUACCGCGGCAACCGCUACCCAACGCCGGACGAAAAGCGCCGCCUGGCCACGCUCACCGGCCUCUCGCUCACGCAGGUCAGCAACUGGUUCAAGAACCGGCGACAGCGUGACCGGACCGGGAUCGGCGGCGGCGCGCCCUGCAAAAGCGAGUCUGAUGGGAACCCCACUACAGAGGACGAGUCCAGCCGGAGUCCAGAGAACCUGGAGAGGGGGGUGGCCCCUGUGGCAGCAGAGGCCCCCGCCCAGAGCUCCAUAUUCCUAGCGGGGGCCACCCCUCCUGCACCCGGAGCUACCUCCUCCUCCAUCCUGGUGAAUGGCAGCUUCUUGGCUGCCAGCAGUUCCCCAGCAGUGCUCCUCAAUGGCAGCCCUGUCAUCAUCAAUAGCCUGGCCCUGGGAGAGGCUUCCAGCCUGGGCCCCCUGCUGCUCACAGGGGGAGGGGGUGCCCCUCCACCACAGCCCAGUCCCCAGGGAGCCAGUGAGGCCAAGGCCUCCUUGGUCUUGGACCCUCAGACUGGGGAGGUUAGGCUGGAGGAGGCCCAACCUGAGGCCCCUGAGAUGAAAGGGGCCCAGAUGGCUGCUUCCGGACCGGCUGGUGAGGAGGUCCCAGGGCCCCUGCCCCAAGUGGUACCUGGCCCCCCACCAGCUGGCACCUUCCCUCUGCCCUCAGGAUCGGUACCUGCUGUGGCUGCCCCCCAGGUAGUGCCACUCUCCCCGUCCCCUGGGUACCCCACGAGCCUGGGCCCCACCUCCCAGCUGUUGAACCUGCCCCAGGUGGUGCCCACCUCCCAGGUGGUGACUCUGCCUCAGGCUGUGGGGCCCCUACAGCUGUUGGCAGCUGGGCCAGGCAACCCCAUGAAGGUGGCUGCUGCAGCCGGCCCUGCCAACGUUCACCUGAUAAACUCCGGGGUGGGCGUGACUGCCCUACAGCUUCCCUCUGCCACCACCCCAGGCAACUUCCUCCUGGCCAACCCUGUGUCUGGCAGCCCCAUUGUCACAGGGGUGGCUGUGCAGCAGGGCAAGAUCAUCCUCACUGCCACUUUCCCCACCAGCAUGCUGGUCUCCCAGGUCCUGCCUGCGGCCCCCAGCCUGGCCCUGCCUCUGAAACCAGAAACCACCGUCUCAGUGCCCGAAGGAGCCCUCCCAGUGGCCCCCAGCCCAGCCCUUCCGGAGCCCCAUGCCCUAGGCACACUCCCUGUGCAGCCACCACCGCCUGCCCCUGUCACCACCUCCACAGCCAGCCUGCCCUUCUCCCCAGACUCUACUGGACUCCUGCCAAGUUUCCCAGCGCCCCCGCCCGAGGGUCUUAUGCUGUCACCUGCAGCUGUGCCUAUCUGGCCAGCAGGGCUGGAACUGAGCACAGGAGCAGAGGGGCUGCUAGACACGGAAAAGGGGUUGGGGGCACAGGCCCCCCACACCGUGCUGAGGCUGCCCGAUCCUGAGGGGCUGCUCCUGGGGGCCACAGCUGGGGCUGAGGUUGAUGAGGGGCUGGAAGCUGAGGCCAAGGUCCUGACCCAGCUGCAGUCGGUGCCUGUGGAAGAACCCUUGGAACUGUGACUGGCCCACCAGCCUCAUCACCUUUCUGGACAAUGGUGCUCAAUGUACAGGGACAGGACCCAGAAGAGACACUUUCAGGAACAGUUGCUGCAGUCCCACACACUACACCCCUACAGCCCAGAGCCUCCCAAGUCCUGGGGGAGCUGGGAGGAACCUGGCUGUCCAGGGCACUGACCCUUCUCUAGAUAGGAGGUCUCCUGUUACAGCCCUUUCCCUGUUCUACCUUGUCAUAUGCGGACUUGGGGGUCCUGACUCAGAGGUUUUACCCUCCUCUACCUGGUACUAGCUGCGAGUUGAAGACCCUGCCAAAUGGCUGGAUUUCCGAGCCCCAAGCCCUUGUUCUCCCUAACACUUAAUAGUUCCACUGAUACUCAGUAUUCUCAGAGCUGCCUGGAACCAGAGGGUGGAGGACAUAACCUUGGGCCCAGAGGCUGCCAGAGACUGGCAGGCCCUCUCUACCUUGGCCCUUCUUGCCAGAAGGCCUGCGGGGGGCGGGGUGGGGGGGGCUCCCCUUGUUCCCCUGGACUCCAGCCCCAGA